CGCCAUUUUCCCUUGUGGAAGGCGCAUAGAGGUUCGGGACAAGACAACAAACGAAGCAUAGUCAGUCUUGGUCAAGAGACAGGGAACCAAAAUGGCGUUCCCAUACAUGAUAGGGCCAGGGGGUCAACCCUUUAUCAUACAACAAAUACCCAUGAUCCCCCAGCCUGUAUUACAGACGCAGCCCCAACAGAUGCCCCCUCCUGUGGCUCCUCCCCCACAACAGCCGAAAGUGCCAGAUUAUAUGUCAGAGGACCGUCUACAGGAGAAACAACGUAAAUGGCAACAGCUUCAGUCUAAACGCUAUAGCGAGAAGAGAAAAUUUGGAUUUGUGGAUGCUCAGAAGGAGGACAUGCCACCAGAACAGGUCCGGAAAAUUAUCCGAGACCAUGGUGACAUGACCAACAGGAAAUUCCGACAUGAUAAGAGAGUGUAUCUAGGAGCCUUGAAGUACAUGCCUCAUGCUGUCCUAAAACUGAUGGAGAAUAUGCCAAUGCCUUGGGAACAGAUUCGUGAUGUCCAUGUGUUGUAUCACAUAACUGGUGCCAUCACCUUCGUGAACGAGAUACCUUGGGUCAUUGAGCCAGUGUAUAUUGCACAGUGGGGAUCAAUGUGGAUCAUGAUGCGUCGAGAGAAAAGAGACCGACGUCACUUCAAACGAAUGCGUUUCCCACCAUUUGAUGAUGAGGAGCCUCCUCUGGACUAUGCUGACAACAUCCUUGAUGUAGAGCCUUUGGAAUCCAUUCAGAUGGAAUUGGACCCAGAUGAGGACAAGCCUGUAAUGGAAUGGUUCUAUGACCACAAGCCUCUUACAGAGUCAAAAAGUGUGAAUGGCACUACUUACCGUCGCUGGGGACUGACAUUACCUGUGAUGUCUGUACUGUAUCGUCUGGCAAAUCAGCUCCUCACAGAUCUUGUGGAUGACAAUUAUUUUUACCUGUUCGAUCUCAAGUCUUUCUUCACUGCCAAGGCACUCAACAUGGCCAUACCUGGAGGGCCUAAGUUUGAACCCCUCGUGAAGGACAAGGAACUACAGGAUGAAGAUUGGAAUGAGUUCAACGACAUCAACAAGAUCAUUAUUCGACAGCCAAUCAGAACGGAGUAUCGUAUUGCCUUCCCAUACCUGUAUAACAGCAUGCCUUACAAAGUCCAUCUGUCCUGGUACCACACCCCCAAUGUUGUCUACAUCAAGACUGAGGAUCCUGAUCUGCCAGCUUUCUACUUUGAUCCCCUCAUCAAUCCCAUUUCUCACAGACACACUGUAAAGACAGAGAUUCUUCCGGAUGAUGAUGAGGAGUUUGAGCUGCCAGACUAUGUCCAGCCAUUCAUGCAGGAGACCCCACUGUACUCGGACAAUACAGCUAAUGGGAUUGCCCUGUUGUGGGCUCCUCGACCUUUCAACCUGAGAUCAGGCCGCACACGUCGUGCUAUGGACAUUCCAUUGGUCAAGGCAUGGUACAGAGAACAUUGUCCAUCGGGGAUGCCUGUCAAAGUGCGUGUAUCCUAUCAGAAACUGCUUAAGUACUUUGUCCUGAAUGCACUCAAACACAAGCCACCAAAGGCACAGAAGAAGAGGUACCUGUUCCGGUCAUUCAAGGCAACUAAGUUUUUCCAGACAACCCAGCUGGACUGGGUAGAGGUGGGAUUACAGGUGUGUCGCCAGGGUUACAACAUGUUAAAUCUUCUCAUCCAUCGAAAGAAUCUCAACUAUCUUCACCUCGACUACAACUUCAACCUGAAGCCUGUCAAGACCCUCACCACUAAGGAAAGAAAGAAGUCCAGGUUUGGAAAUGCAUUCCAUCUCUGUCGUGAGAUUCUUCGUCUGACCAAGCUGAUUGUGGACAGUCAUGUGCAGUAUCGUCUUGGGAACGUGGAUGCCUUUCAGUUAGCAGAUGGCCAGCAGUAUGUGUUCGCCCAUGUGGGCCAGCUGACUGGGAUGUACCGGUACAAGUACAAGUUGAUGAGACAGAUCCGAAUGUGUAAGGACAUCAAACAUGUCAUUUACUACAGAUUUAACACAGGACCAGUUGGCAAGGGUCCAGGCUGUGGUAUCUGGGCCCCAGGAUGGAGAGUGUGGCUGUUCUUUAUGCGUGGCAUUACACCAUUGCUGGAACGCUGGCUUGGCAACCUGCUGUCCCGUCAGUUUGAGGGGCGACACUCUAAGGGAGUAGCCAAGACUGUCACUAAGCAACGAGUAGAGAGUCACUUUGAUCUUGAACUCAGAGCUGCUGUGAUGCAUGAUAUCCUAGACAUGAUGCCAGAGGGAAUCAAACAGAACAAGGCCAGGACCAUUCUUCAGCAUUUAAGCGAGGCCUGGAGGUGCUGGAAGGCAAACAUUCCAUGGAAGGUCCCUGGUUUGCCAAUCCCCAUUGAGAACAUGAUUUUGCGAUAUGUGAAGGCCAAAGCAGAUUGGUGGACAAACACAGCCCAUUACAACAGGGAACGAAUCAGGAGGGGAGCCACUGUGGACAAGACUGUUUGCAAGAAGAAUCUUGGUCGCCUGACACGUCUGUACCUGAAGGCAGAGCAGGAGAGACAACACAACUAUCUGAAGGAUGGUCCUUACAUCACAGCUGAGGAAGCUGUAGCCAUCUACACCACUACCGUCCACUGGCUUGAGAGUCGAAGAUUCUCACCCAUCCCAUUCCCACCUCUCUCUUACAAACACGACACUAAGCUUCUCAUUCUGGCCUUAGAGAGGUUAAAGGAAGCAUACAGUGUGAAAAGUCGUCUAAACCAGUCACAGAGAGAAGAACUUGGACUCAUAGAACAGGCAUAUGAUAAUCCCCACGAAGCUUUGUCUCGUAUCAAACGUCACUUGCUCACACAGCGAGCCUUUAAGGAGGUGGGUAUUGAGUUUAUGGACUUGUACAGCCAUCUGAUCCCAGUGUAUGAUGUUGAACCUCUGGAGAAGAUCACAGAUGCCUACCUAGACCAGUACCUGUGGUAUGAGGCUGACAAACGUCGCCUGUUUCCACCCUGGAUCAAACCUGCAGACUCUGAACCACCUCCUCUCCUCACCUACAAGUGGUGUCAAGGUAUCAACAAUUUACAGGAUGUUUGGGACACAAGUGAAGGGGAGUGUAAUGUUAUGAUGGAGUCCCACUAUGAGAAAAUGUAUGAGAAAAUAGAUUUAACACUUCUCAACAGAUUGCUGCGUCUCAUUGUCGAUCACAACAUCGCCGAUUACAUGACAGCGAAAAAUAACGUCGUUAUUAACUAUAAGGACAUGAACCACACCAAUGCCUAUGGAAUCAUCCGUGGACUCCAGUUUGCUUCCUUCAUCGUGCAGUAUUACGGCCUGGUGCUAGAUCUUUUGGUAUUGGGUCUGCAUCGUGCUAGUGAGAUGGCAGGUCCACCUCAGCUACCUAAUGACUUCCUUACUUUCCAGGAUGUGACUACAGAAGCGGCCCAUCCCAUACGUUUGUACUCGCGAUACAUUGACCGCAUACAUAUAUUCUUCAGAUUUUCUGCAGAAGAAGCCAGAGAUCUUAUCCAACGAUACCUUACAGAGCAUCCUGACCCCAACAAUGAAAACAUAGUGGGCUACAACAACAAAAAAUGUUGGCCUCGAGAUUCUAGAAUGAGGCUAAUGAAACACGAUGUGAACUUGGGACGUGCUGUCUUCUGGGAUAUCAAGAAUCGUUUGCCGCGGUCAGUGACCACCAUUCUGUGGGACAACAGUUUUGUGUCCGUCUACAGCAAAGACAAUCCCAAUCUCCUGUUCAAUAUGUCUGGGUUUGAAUGUCGUAUCUUGCCCAAGUGUCGCACCACACAUGAGGAAUUCACACACAGAGAUGGCGUCUGGAAUCUCCAGAACGAGGUGACAAAGGAAAGAACAGCUCAGUGUUUUCUGCGAGUGGAUGAUGAGUCAAUGUCACGGUUCCACAACCGUGUACGUCAGAUCCUGAUGGCAUCUGGGUCUACGACAUUCACAAAAAUUGUUAACAAAUGGAACACGGCUCUUAUUGGUUUAAUGACAUAUUUCCGUGAGGCGGUCGUCAACACACAAGAACUGUUAGACCUUCUUGUCAAGUGUGAAAACAAAAUCCAGACACGUAUUAAGAUUGGUCUCAAUUCUAAAAUGCCCAGUCGUUUCCCUCCAGUUGUGUUUUACACACCUAAGGAGUUAGGUGGACUUGGAAUGUUGUCAAUGGGGCAUGUACUUAUCCCACAAUCAGAUCUCCGAUGGUCAAAGCAGACGGAUGUUGGAAUCACUCAUUUCCGAUCUGGUAUGAGCCACGAUGAGGAUCAGCUCAUUCCAAAUUUAUACAGAUAUGUGAUGCCAUGGGAAAGCGAGUUCAUCGACUCACAGCGAGUGUGGGCUGAGUACACCCUGAAACGACAGGAAGCCAACGCACAAAACAGGCGUUUGACACUGGAGGAUUUGGAAGACAGCUGGGAUCGUGGAAUUCCUAGGAUUAACACCCUAUUCCAGAAGGACCGUCAUACUCUCGCUUACGACAAGGGCUGGCGUGUCCGGACAGAGUUCAAAGCUUUCCAGGUAUUGAAACAGAAUCCAUUCUGGUGGACACACCAGCGACACGACGGUAAGUUGUGGAACCUGAAUAAUUACCGUACAGACAUGAUCCAGGCUCUAGGUGGGGUCGAGGGAAUUCUGGAACACACCCUGUUCAAAGGAACUUACUUCCCAACCUGGGAAGGUCUCUUCUGGGAAAAGGCCAGUGGGUUUGAAGAGUCCAUGAAGUAUAAGAAAUUGACAAAUGCCCAGCGAUCUGGUCUUAACCAGAUCCCGAACCGUCGCUUCACACUGUGGUGGUCCCCUACUAUCAACAGGGCCAAUGUAUACGUAGGUUUCCAGGUACAGCUUGACUUGACAGGUAUCUUCAUGCACGGAAAGAUCCCAACCCUGAAGAUCUCACUGAUCCAGAUCUUCCGUGCUCAUUUAUGGCAGAAGAUCCAUGAGAGCGUAGUUAUGGAUCUUUGUCAGGUGUUUGACCAGGAACUGGACGCCCUGGAGAUAGAGACGGUACAAAAAGAAACCAUACAUCCUCGAAAGUCCUACAAGAUGAACAGUUCGUGUGCUGACAUUCUUCUGUUUGCUGCAUACAAGUGGAACAUGUCCAAACCAUCACUCCUGGCUGAUUCCAAAGAUGUGAUGGAUAACACAACUACCCAGAAGUAUUGGCUGGACAUACAGCUCCGUUGGGGUGACUACGACUCCCACGAUAUAGAGCGCUACGCCCGCGCUAAGUUCCUUGACUACACCACAGACAACAUGAGUAUCUAUCCGUCGCCGACAGGUCUUCUGAUUGGCAUUGACUUAGCCUACAAUCUACACAGUGCAUAUGGUAAUUGGUUCCCUGGCUGUAAGCCCCUUAUCCAGUCAGCCAUGGCAAAGAUAAUGAAGGCAAACCCUGCGCUGUAUGUACUUCGGGAGCGCAUCAGGAAGGGGCUGCAACUCUACUCAUCCGAGCCCACUGAGCCCUACCUGUCCUCACAGAACUAUGGAGAGCUUUUCUCUAACCAGAUCAUUUGGUUUGUGGAUGACACCAAUGUCUACAGGGUCACCAUUCACAAGACAUUUGAAGGAAACCUUACAACCAAGCCAAUCAAUGGUGCAAUCUUCAUCUUCAAUCCUCGUACUGGUCAACUUUUCCUCAAGAUCAUUCACACCUCUGUGUGGGCAGGACAGAAACGUCUUGGACAGUUGGCCAAAUGGAAGACUGCUGAGGAAGUGGCUGCCUUGAUUCGUUCCCUUCCUGUGGAAGAACAGCCUAAACAGAUCAUUGUCACAAGGAAAGGCAUGCUUGACCCCCUUGAGGUGCAUCUCCUUGACUUCCCAAACAUUGUUAUUAAGGGCAGUGAACUCCAACUUCCCUUCCAGGCCUGCCUCAAGGUGGAGAAGUUUGGUGACCUGAUCCUGAAGGCUACAGAACCACAGAUGGUAUUGUUCAACCUGUACGAUGACUGGCUGAAGACCAUAUCAUCCUACACGGCAUUCUCUCGUCUGAUCUUGAUCCUGCGGGCAUUGCAUGUCAAUAAUGACCGGACAAAGAUUGUGCUGAAGCCUGACAAGACAACGAUCACAGAACAACAUCACAUCUGGCCGACUCUGUCAGAUGAGGAAUGGAUGAAGAUUGAAAUGCAGCUUAAGGAACUCAUCCUGGCCGACUAUGGCAAGAAAAACAAUGUAAAUGUUGCCUCACUUACACAGUCAGAAAUCCGUGACAUCAUUCUUGGUAUGGAGAUCUCUGCUCCAUCAGCCCAGCGUCAACAAAUUGCUGAAAUUGAGAAACAGACCAAGGAACAAUCACAGCUCACUGCAACGACCACGCGAACUGUCAACAAGCACGGAGACGAAAUCAUCACAUCAACAACCAGUAACUAUGAGACGUCUACAUUUGCCUCCAAAACAGAGUGGCGAGUUCGUGCCAUUUCUGCAACCAACUUACAUCUACGUACAAACCACAUCUACGUUUCAUCUGAUGACAUUAAAGAAACUGGUUACACAUACAUCCUACCAAAGAACGUGUUGAAGAAAUUCAUCAUUAUUUCUGAUCUCAGAGCUCAGAUUGCUGGCUACUUGUAUGGAGUUAGUCCCCCUGACAACCCUCAAGUGAAGGAAAUACGAUGUAUUGUACUUCCCCCGCAGUGGGGAACCCACCAGACCGUCCAUCUGCCUAACAUCCUACCAGAGUCGGAAUACCUCAAGGAAAUGGAACCCUUGGGUUGGAUCCACACCCAGCCUAACGAGCUGCCACAGCUGUCGCCACAGGACAUCACCACACACGCCAAGGUGAUGGCAGACAACCCCGCCUGGGACGGAGAAAAGACUGUCAUCAUCACAUGCAGCUUCACGCCCGGCUCCUGCUCCCUGACGGCCUAUAAACUGACACCCACAGGAUGUGAAUGGGGCCGUCAGAACACUGACACAGGCAAUAAUCCCAAGGGUUAUCUCCCCUCGCAUUACGAACGAGUACAGAUGCUGUUGUCUGAUAGAUUCCUGGGAUUCUUUAUGACUCCAUCACAAAGCUCAUGGAACUACAACUUCAUGGGUGUGCGUCAUGACCCCAACAUGAAGUAUGAACUACAGCUGUCCAAUCCUAAGGAGUUUUACCAUGAAGUACAUCGUCCCUCCCAUUUCCUCAACUUUGCCUCCAUGGAAGAAGGAGAGCUGGGAAGCUCUGACAGAGAGGAUCUCUUCAUGUGAGGCUCCCCCUGGGGUGGAGAAUUCAUGUGGAAACUUAUUUGUGAAGACUGCAAGAACGAUAAUUACAACAAAACUCUUUUACACAAAUAGAAACAAAUCUAGGUUUAGAGCAGAAAUAAAAAUUUUGAGUAGGAAAGAAAUUUUGCUAGAGGUGAAUUUAAUCAUUGCUUCAUAACAUUGACAGCAGUAAGGAUUUCUGUGUUCUUCACCGUCAAACUUCAGUAAUUUAUGGACUUAUUAGUGUGUAUGUAUACAUCAUUGUAUAUAUUUCACUGCACCUAUAAAACAUGUUGUGAGUAAAUAAAAUUUAAUUCUCAAGAUCUGAAUUUAAUUCCUGUGUAUAGUACCCUGAGAAGCACUGAAUAAUUUGUGAAGACAAAGACAGUCGCCCAGAAAUGUUUUGAUCCCUUUGGAUACAGUGUUUGACACCAUCACUCAGCAAAACAUAAAAUCAUCUUAUGGGUAGAUGGUUUGUAGUGAUAUAUGUGAUAGCUACGUCUGUAUUAGAAGGAAUUAUGUGUGAAAAAGAAUCAUAUCUCUGUGUAGAUAAAGUUCUUUGGUUGAUGAUGGAAGUCAGUGCUAGUAUGAUUACUUUUGCAUGUUCCUCUUGUUUUUGUGAUGAGAAUUGAAAUCUGCAAAAUUUGUAAAUAUUUUAUAUAAGUGUUCACUAAAGAUAGAAUUCUGAUCAUAAUAUUCAUUGAAAAAUCAUGCUUCAAUCCAUUUGCUGGACAUUUUCAUUUUAAGUGAUGUAGGAAACUUACAAUCCAGGACUGAAUGCUUCGUUGUCAGGGAAAGGGUUGUAUGGACUUGUUUUUUCUUUAGUGUGUGAUGGCACAUUUAAUGGGAAAGCUAAACACAAUUUCUGUAUCUUCCAUAACUUCAAUAUUACUACUCUAUCUAGCCAUUCCUGUCGUUCAUGUAUUGUUUCACCAAAUCUUUUUUCUUUGAAAAUGGUUUCCAAAAUCAUUUUCCCUGUCAAUGCUACUAAGUUGCUUUGAUUUGAUAGUACGAUUUGAAAUCUAUUAAAGGAUAAAGAAAUUCAAACAAGAAUUUUUGAUAAGAUUUUAUCAGUAAAAUUGUCAUUUUAAGGUAUAAUGUUCAUUAAUACAUUACAGCUUUUGUUCAUAGGAUUGUAAAUAUGUCUCACAAUGUCAUAUCAUUUAUUCAUAGCAUUGUAAAUAUCUGUAUCUUUGUCUGGUUCAUUAAAAGUGAGUCACAUUGU